GAAUGUAGGCAGCAGUAAGAUAAAACUUGACUGUUUUCAUAGAAGAGUUAACAAUGAUUUGGAGUGGGCGAGGUGGCAGAAGGGCGACUUAGCUUCAACUCCCUCAAAUAUAACCCGGUCUGACCUUUAAACUUGAAUGAUGUCACAUGAGAAAAAUCUGCUCUUCCUCUUGAACGUCCCUCCUUUUUGUCUUUUUUUUUUCGUCCAAGAAUCCCAGUGAAAAACGUAAACGGCAACUUCUGUGGAAUGUGAGUUGUCUGACUUUUACAGCAGCUCAACAGGUGUGUCUGAAAGCUCCAGAAAAAGCGGGAACCUUGAGUUGAUAUUGAUUUAAUUAUGUAUUUGGAGUUAGCUUUUGGUGAUAAAGCUAUGGCCCCAAACUGGAGCAGACUGGAGUUGUGUGGGUGUCAACAAUGCAGACACUCACAAAGAGCAUCAGUUCAUUAAUAAUUUAAACAAUUCACCAAGGACCAAUUGAGUCACAUGACCCAAACUGUGGCCACCGAACUAUCAGAGCUUUCAAAUACUUCAAACAUCCCACCUUUACCCUCUCCCUCUAUUUCGCUAACACAUAGGCACGUGAUGAUCCUCGUGCUUCCUGUUUGUCCUGUGUUAAUGUUUAUGACCAAAAAAAGAAAAAAGAAAAAGAAAUGCUUGGCCUGGUCACGUGGUCUAACCCCCUCCCCCUCCCUCUCCCUCCCUCUCCGGGGUCUCGGGCCCGAGCGCAGCUUAAAACUUGGAACAUAAAUCAGGCUCCCAUAAAUAAUGGCUGCACUUCCCUUUACAUCUCCGUUGGACUAACAGACAAUAAAAACACCAAUAAGCAGAGAUUGGAUCUAAUUUAUUGCCUCAUAAAAGCAGACGAGAGGAGUUCGGCUCGGCUUCGGCGACGCAGGCGCAGCCGAAGGCAGCCCAGCUCUCACCGUCCAACACACACACACACACACACACACAUACACAUACACACACAGGUACACAAACAACACUGCUACACGGUGCUUUCUCCUCCAAUUAUAACUGUGGUGUUACAAGGUGAGGUUGGGAAAUCUGUUAAAAACGGUCACAUAUGAUCAGAUGUCUUCUUGCAUGCCAUCAGUUUGACUUGAUGGUAAUCUACUAAUAUUGAUAAUAAUAGUCUGCAGCCUAUGGUGGAAGUAGUACAUGGUCUUUUUUAAUAAUAUCAAAAUCCAUCAUUUUCUGUUCAUAAACUAAACAAAAAGAAAGCUUUACACUGGAUUCCUUAUUAUGUAACAGCUAAAGCAUUUUCAUUUAAUGCUUUAUUUUAGCAGAAAAAAGGCCUGAGAAUCAAUCAAACUCUAAACAUUUUAAUAUUACUAAUUACUAUUAUUAAUUUCCAUGAAAUUUUGAAUACAACUAAACUUUUAAAUAUAAGAAAAAGUUUACCAUGCCGCCAUAAUCGGUACCCCGAAACUAAAGUAGGCUACUGGCUGUUACAUAGGGCUACAAUGAAAGGAAAUGAAUACAUUUAAAUAUAUACAUAAGGAAUGGAAUUGGAUUGAAUAAAAGCAGGUCAAUCGUCCAAAAGUCCCGUCUUCAGUAUAAUCCACGCUCCCGGUGCAGUGGCCGCCGUGCUCUCUCCACAAAUGCUCCCGAUAAAACGGGAGGAUUUUUUUUUACAACAAAUAUCCAUUUUUUUAAAGGCUAAAAAGAGAAAUAGAAUCGUAAACCGAGCGAUGUAGCGUAUUGUGAUGCUGCAGCUCAGCCACCAGCUUUUUGUCUGCUGUGUUUGGGCUUGUGUUUGCAGUGUGUGUGUGUGUGUGUGUGUGUGUGUGUGUCCAUGCAGCCUCGGCCAUCUCACUGCUGCCUUCAAUGGCCCCUUACUCCCACACUCUUUUUUUUGUCAGAGUCAGCGUGGGAAACAGAGUCAAGCUGAACAACGGAUAUCAGUUGGGCUCUGGUUGCUGAUUUUUUGAAAUUCUUCUGCCAAAAUAUUUCUCUGCGACGUGUGCAUGAUGGGCGCGUAUUAGCCGAGCGUAAAGUGGCGCGAAGGGAUAACAAACCGUGGAGCUACAGCAGAGAGGCGGAGAGGCUGUGAGAGUGGAGCUUUCCUUGUUGUGGAGGCAGAGAGCGGAGCCGCUGUCAGGCCCUUUGCAGUCACUGAAAGAUUGAUCACCGCACUCGGGCUUCCACGGGGCCCUCCCCAAAAAUAUCCUCUUGCUAAACUCCCGAGGUCCCGAUCUUUCUAAAAAAAAACCUACAUGUGCGUCCUGUUAAGUCUGACGGCCGCGUGCUGCUCGCUCACUCACUGUGAGCGUCCACAUCCCUGCAGCUGUGUUAUUAUUAUGAUUAUUACUCCUGUUAUGGACGCACAUGUCUGCAGCCUUCUCCUCUCCUGUAGUGUCAUGCAGCGACCUCGCUGUGAACCCACCUUCUCUCUGUCUCUCGGCGUAAACACACCGUACAUCUUAACAGGCACACAGACGCAUACACACACACUCGCGCGCGCGUACACAGACAGCAAACAUAAUCACUUGCAAGGAUCAGUUUUUGUGCUAGAGUUCAUAGACUUUUUUGGUUUUAGAUUAUAUUUAGGCAAUAUCUUGGUUUCUCUAUCUUUGGAAACCACACACACACACAAGCCCCAACGACUCUUUAAAUAUGUAAAUAAUUAAAUACAUGAACCAUUGCCUAUAAAUACAAACAGAAUGUGCACUUACAAACCAACAGGCUCCCCCUCCUCUCUCUCAGUCUGUCUUCUCACCUCCUCACUGACUAUAACUUUCUGACUCUUUCAGAUCAGAUUCUCAGUCUCCAUCCUCCUCUCCCCCCCUGAAUCAAUCUAAAAGCCUCUCCAGUCGUAUUUGUGUCUAAGUUUGGGAUUUUCAGCCUCUGUCACAAUUUAUAAGAUUAAUGAGGUGAGUGAUUGUUUUUUUUCUCCCCGAAGGAGCCAUAUUGCAAACAGAGCUGGCCAACUCCAUCCACCUAAUGUUAGCCGUCAUUACAUCACCCAGAGGAUCGAAGGAAAUAAUGCGGGAGAUGCUGUAUUGUUUGUGGUGCCGGGAUGCGCGGGCGACCCGCCGCCCACACUGCGCACAUGGCGACCGGCCGCUUUCAAUUUUCCUUUUUUUUUUGUCCCUCCCCAGAAUUUACCCCCCGUUAUGACAAAAGAAUAGCAGCUAUCAUGUGAUAGCCCAGCGCCUGUCCUUGCCACAGCAUUUGGUGGAAAAAUAAUAAUGCCGCUUCCAACAGCCGUCGCCACCGCCAGGCCCCGGCACCCGAUUGGUUGCUCUGACUCACAUGACCAGGAAUUGGCUGCAAUUGCGUCCCAUAGUUCUUCAGUUUAGCUUACCCAGGUCCCCAUACGCUAGUAAUAUCACCAAUAUACACAAUUAUUAUAUAGCCGCCGCAUUUACGCCAUUGCGGUCGGGAGCCUAUGCUCGUGCGUUUUUUUUUUCAUUUCCUUUUAUUUUUUUAAGGAGCCAUUCUGCGUUGUGUGCGGCGUGCGGCGUGCGUGUUUAUGUCUUGUUUUUUUAUUUUUUUAUUUUGGGGAAGGGAUUGUUCGGGGGUCUCGCCGUUUGAGGGUGAAACCGGUUUGAGGGAGCUAUGAAUUUUGAAUUCGAAAGGGAGAUCGGUUUUAUAAACAGCCAGCCAUCCCUAGCAGAGUGCCUGACGUCCUUCCCCGCCGCCCUGGAGUCAUUUCAAACUUCAUCAAUCAAGGAGUCGACAGUAAUUCCGCCUCCCUUCGAGCACACCAUCCCCAGCCUCAGCCCCUGCACAGCCAGCCAGCCGAGACCGGCUGCAAGGAGCCAGCAGAACCGGAGAAGCUCCACCACUAAUGGCCUCCAGACGCACCACCGGGGCGCCCAGCAGCCCGGACCGCAGGGGCAGGCCCCUGCCCCGGUCACGGCGUCGCCGGCUGGUCCGGUGGCCCACGAAUUCCCCUGGAUGAAGGAGAAGAAGUCGUCCAAGAAGGGUCCAAAGCCCGGGGGCAACACCAGCGGUGGAGGAUCCAUCAUCCCCCCCGCCUCGUCCUCCCCGUCGCCGACCGCCUCCGGGUACGCUUCGGCGGGCAUCGAGUCACCCACAGACCCGAGCCAGGCGGGUCUGGAUGGUGGAGGAGCCGGGUCCCGCCGGCUGCGCACCGCGUACACCAACACGCAGCUGCUGGAGCUGGAGAAAGAGUUCCACUUCAACAAGUACCUAUGUCGGCCCAGGAGAGUGGAGAUAGCCGCCCUGUUGGACCUGACUGAGCGACAGGUCAAAGUGUGGUUCCAGAACCGGCGGAUGAAACACAAGCGCCAGACUACGCACCACAGGGACGGCGGGGGCGGCCACGAAUCCAGCGACCCGGGCGGCUUCGAACCGCUCGAAGGCGCCGACGCUUCGUCCCCGUACUCGAGUCAACCGUUGGAGGCAUCUGGCACAGGGGAGGCUACACUGGAGGGCGAGAGGGUCAGCAGCGAUCCAUCUUCGGCCGCCGCCUACGCCAGUGACAGCGGGGACAAUGCGCAGCCCACGCCGGAGGAGGGAGGCCGUUCGAGCCGCCCCGAACUCCCACCGCUGCCGGGGGAAUCCGGCUGCAUUGACGUCGCGGCCUCUCACCGUUCUCCGCCGUCGUUCACCGCCACGAACUCCGCCGGUGACCCGGGGCUGAAGCUGAGCGAGGCCGGGCCCGCAGCAGGGUCCGGUCCGUCACUCUCCGAGCCGCGAGACAAACCCACCGCAUCCGCGGCCUCCUCUGCAGCCCCCGCCGCCUCCUCGUCCCCAGCCGCGCUCCCCGACCUCACGUUCUUCGCCGGGGACUCGUGCCUGUCGCCCAGCCUGCAGAGCUCCCUGGACAGCCCGGUGGAUUUCUCCGAGGAGGACUUCGACCUGUUCACAAGCACACUCUGCACCAUAGACCUGCAGCACCUCAAUUUCUGAGGGCAGCAGCAACUUUGAAAAAUAAACGCAAAAUUUCAAAUGAAAAAAAUUAAAAAGAAAUAAGAAAUAAUAAUAAAAAAAAGGAGUAGGGGAGUGGACGGUCAGGCCUCUGUGGAUGAACAACCGAGCGGAGAAGACAGCAGUAAACAUGGGAUCUGUUGUUUAAAAAUAAUUAAAAGCUUCUCGGCAACAUUCCUGAAACAUUUCUGAAUGAAAUUAUGUUCCGUUCGAAAUAUCAUUUUUCGUCUUCUUGCUGGUUUUAUUUUGCGGAUGAAAUGUAGUUUCAGAGAGAUGCAGUUCCUUCUUUCUUCUUUUUUUUAUUUUAAUUUUUAACAUCGAAGGGAAAGUGUUUUUUUUUGUUUUUUUUUUCCCACGAUCGAAACGUUGUGGAUUUGUCUCUCCCUCUUGUCGAAAUUUCAGGUAUUUAUUGCCUUUCUUGUUUUGGUUGACACGAAUAACCCUUAUCGGUGUGUGUGUGUGUGUGUGUGUGUGUGUGUUUGUGUGUCUGUGUGUGUGUGUGUGUGUGUGGAUUUAUUUCCUCUUAUCCAUUCUGGUGCAGCUUCAUGGAUCCAUAAUAACUUCUCAGGAACUGUUCACGGAGUCUAGGCACAGAUAGCUGGACUGCUUUUAGCAAAAUCUGAACUGAAGGAUGAAAUUCUAAUCUCUCUGUGCGAGACGAGACGUGAGGGGAGCCCUGCUGACGACCCGACUUUUAGACCCUAGUUUAUUUAUUGAGAUUCUUUAAUAGUGAAAAUCUAAAUUAUUUAUUGUAUAUAUAUUUUCAUAGUGGAAUAAUAAUAAUAAAACGUACAAACAUUUA